CGACUGAUCUUGUUUGGAUCUUGUCUUCAAUUACAUACCUGCACGAUGUCCGAGUUAUCAGCAUACGAACUUGAGCGUGAAGCCAACAUCGCGCGCAACCGCGCGCUCCUGGAGCAGCUUGAUCUCAAGGAUGCCGUGACUCAACUAGGCGUUCCGCCCAAGCCAAAACCUGCCCCCAGAACAAGAGCGAAGCCCAUUCAACCCGCGAAGAAGGUAAAACGAGAGCGUGAAGUAGUAGAGGCGCCUCGGAGGCAGAGCGCACGUCUCAAGAAGGAAGUCAUAGAUCCAAACGAAACUCCGGCCCAGAAGAAGCAGCGGGAGGAAGAACAAAAGAAGAGGCGUUUUAAAGAGGAGCAAGAGCGCCUGGAGACUGAGGAGAAAGCUCGGCUCGCAAAGCGCCCCAGACAUCAGGAAUUGGAUCUCACCACAUUAGGGGAUGAACUAGAAGAAUCAGAACUCAGCUCGCUCCGAUCUUCUCUUCAAGCUGUCGCGAACGUCCCGCUCUCAAAGCGUAUCGCAGAUGCGGACGCAUUUGUAUUUCAUGAAGACCGAAAGAAUGAAGCUGAAGUCAAAGAAUUGAGAAAGACACUUCAGAAGCUCAGGGUGGUUUCUCGCGCCAAGGUGACUUCAGACAGAGUCUACAGUGCUGCCUACCACCCUGAGGCUACCAAGGAUUUAGUAUUCUUUGGGGACAAACAUGGUCAAAUUGGAAUAUGGGAUGCCAGAGCUCCCGCCGAUGAGGUUGCAGAUGAAGAUGGUGACAUCUCUGCAAACGACAAAGAGGGUGGGAAAUAUUGGCACCUCCAGUGCCACUGGCCUGCUACUUCUAAAUCGUCAAUAUCAUCUAUAAAAAUCGACCCAGUUGACGCACAUAGUAUAUUUACGACCUCGUACGACGGCACAAUACGCCGCUUAUCUUUCGUCUCAGGGGUUUCCCAAGAGAUAUUCUCUUCAGAUGAACUCAUCACAAGUGUAGACCUCCCAGUCGGUGGCCACGAAAUGUGGAUAUCCGACGCUUCCGGCGGCCUCACCCAUCUUGACCUUCGGGAGCCCAAAGACAAGGCCUGUUGGUAUGGUCUCUCGAGUGCGAAGAUUGGCACCGUUAGCAUCAAUCCGACAAGCCCACAUUUCUUGCUGACAGCAUCGAACAGCCGUUUAUUGAAGGUGUGGGAUAGCAGAAAACUACAGAAGAUUGCCUCCGCAACUGGCCCACAUCAAUUCAGCCAGGACGCCGUCGAAGAAUUUGUUGAGUCAAAGAAGGGCGAGGGUACUGUCCGCGGUGAAUUCGCUCAUGGGAAGUCCGUAAGCUCAGCGUACUGGGAUCCAAGAGGGAGAGGCAUUGUCAGUACGAGUUAUGACGAUACUAUCAGAUUAUGGGAUUUGGAUGCCGCGAAAUACAGUUCAUCGACCGCUUUCCCCUCCUUCACACCGUUCAGCCGGAUAAAACACAACUGUCAGACAGGCAAGUGGGUGACUAUUCUUCGUGCGGUCUGGAAUCCCAACCCGGACGUAUUCCCCCACUUUACAAUCGGGAACUUGAACCACUCUCUGGACAUAUUUUCAUGCAAGGGGGAUUUGAUUGCGAGACUCUCGGAUAGUCGGAUCACUGCUACACAAGCUGUAACAUGUUCCCAUCCAAGCGUUGUCGAAAGAAUUGCAACAGGGAACGCGAGUGGGCGUUGUGUACUUUGGGCACCACCAGAUGUACAGUGACGGGUAUCUAGUUCACACCGUUGUAUGCUACUUACUCUGUUUUUGAUAGCACCUGAGUUAUUCAACAGUGAUUCCAUUCUUUCACGGAUAA